AUGGCUGCAUUACAAUUCAUUGUCUUUUUCGUUGGUCUCUAUGCGCAGCGUAUCUACUCUCAAGAAAAUGUCAGUGGUCAAAUAUAUACCCCCGGUGUCGUGAUAGUUGAUGCGCCGCAGCCUAAUACACCGCUUGGUGGUCACUUCCUACAGGUUGCGCUAGAUGUUUCCUCAGAUGGACAGCUCCAACUUCCACCUUAUCCGAAUAAUGCAAUUUCUGAGAUUUAUAACAUCACAAUAUUUCUCUCCAGUUAUACCACAGGAAAGAACUUUACAAUCUCGAAUGGCACAGCGACGGUAGGAAAUGCAAGCUUAGGAGAGAUCAUGGCUCAAGAGUCGAGUAGCACGGUAAAACAUGUAAAUUGGGUCUGGCCUGAUUGUCUUGUUGGGGACGGCACAUCAGAUGAGAAUACUUCAAGGGGGGGGUAUAAUAUUUCCAUUCGCCAAAAUUUUCGAUUGAAUGGUACCGAUCAAUACACGAUCUUCGACCUACCAAUCCAAGUCACCAACUCGAUACCUGAGCAAAGUGAUAGACCUUCUUGUGAAUUUAUUAACAAUGAUUUAAUUCCCUGGGCAAUAUUGAACGCGUCGGCGAAUAACUUUACUCGUAUUGCAGGAACAGCGAUACAAACCACGGCUUCAUCUGAAGAUGGAAUUGGGGCCGGUUUCCGGAGCGAUUCACUCGGUAGCUUGAUCAAGAAAACGGCUUUGAAUCCAGCUUUUACUUUGAUAGUUCUUCUCUUAGCUCGCUACACAAAACGAGGGAAUGAUCUUUCGAUUCUCCAUGAAACAGCAUUCUCUCGAAUUCAAAAAUUGUUCUAUUUUGGAGUUGUCAUAUUAAUUUCGAAUUACUUGGAGAGGGGUGUUCAAAAUAAUUGGGUAGAUGAUAAAUAUGAUUGGCAAAAGGAAAUUGUAUUGAUCACUGGAGGAGCUGGAGGUAUUGGUGGACAAGUUGUGAAACUUCUCGCGGAAAAGGGGAUUACGGUUGUGGUGCUGGAUGUUAUCCCUAUGACUUUUGAGACUACAUCCAAUGUUCAUUACUACAAAUGCGACAUCACCUCGCCCUCCACCAUUGCUACCGUCGCUUCUCGGAUUCGCUCUGAGGUUGGAAACCCCACCGUCCUCGUCAAUAAUGCUGGCGUCGCCCGCGGGAAAAGUAUCCUCGAUUCUACCGAGAAAGAUAUUCGGUUUACUUUCGACGUGAAUACUGUUUCCCACUAUUUCAUGGCCAAAGAAUUCGUUCCAUACAUGGUCGAAAAGAACCACGGUAUGAUUGUGACUGUCGCAAGUAUUGCAGCCUAUCUCCCCGUCCCAAACAUGACGGACUACGCCUCGUCAAAAGCAGCUGCACUCUCAUUCCACGAGGGAUUAACCGCAGAAUUAGUCACCAAAUACAAUGCGCCAAAAGUGAGAACUAUAGUGAUUAGUCAAGGAUAUACUAAAACAGCGCUAUUCGAAGGCUAUAAGAAUGAUGCUCCUUUUUUGUUACCGACGCUAGAGGUUGACACGGUAGCAGAAGCGAUUGUGAAGAAAAUACUGAAAGGGAAGAGUGGUCAUGGUAUUUAUCCGGGAUUCGCAGUGACGUUGACGUGGUUGAGGGCGAUGCCGGGGUGGUAUCAGAAUAGGGUUAGGGCUGGAGGACAUAAUGUUAUGACGAAUUGGAAUGGGAGACAGGUUUUGGAUGUAGAUAGGUUUUAUGAAGAGAAGGAGAGAGAUAAGGGGAAGGGGAAGGGAAAGGAGAUUGAUGCGGAGAGCGAGUCGACGGUUUUGGUAAAUCUUUGA